UUUCAUUUCUUCUUGGUGGUUGUGUGCAUGCGGUGGGAUUGUGAGUGCGUGUGUGAGCCGUCGGCAAUGCUGACUUCUUCCGAGUGUGGUCUUCCCAGGCGAUGGGCUGUGUGUCCGAGUGUGAUGGUGUCCGCGCCCUUUGGGUUGUUGAUUUGGAUUCUUCAAGCCCUUCUGCGUUUUCAUCGUUGUAUACAGUUAUGCUCGUUGGCUUUCUCGUCACGGGUCUGCCUCUGGGUGUUGGGUUGUGUGGCCUUGGCGAUUGUGUUUGGGUGGUUUCGUUGUGUCGGGCGUGUGUGAUCCUGACUACCUUAGGUGUCUGUCCGUGAGCGAUUGCGUUGGACUGAUUUCGUUGUGGCGCGUUGGACAAUGUGCGGGCCGACCAUGUCGACUUGCGGGGCAGUGUUGGGUUGUGUUUACUUUGCUUCCCUUCUGUGGGGCUGGACCGUGUGUGGUCCUGUCCAUACUGGGUUGUGUGCUUGUGUCCUUUAGAAGUGCAUUUGCAAAUCGCUGGGGGGUGGAGGGGAGGGCGAGCAGGAGAUGGGGCCGCAAGUUGAGGAGGCGGCAAGGGGGCGGGGAGAGGGAUUUCACAUUUUAUUCCAAAUUAUGAUGUAUUCGGAAGCCAGUGUUGGCUUGGAUGGGCAGACGGAGCCCGGUCGGCGGCUGCUCUGUCCAGAGGCCAGCCUGUGCCCCGGUGUUCGAAGGGUUUGUUAGAGUGGGAGGUUCUUCAGGCUCGGAGCUGAGCAGCGCUCGCCAAGGCCCGCUCCUUCAAGCCGGUAGCCGCCGGCUUCGGUUUCCGCCGCACCCAGGCUUCAUCCAUUUCUGGUCAGUUUCGCGGGUACCUCCGCCGGGGUCUGCGGGAGAGGCCUGGAAAAGACAAUGGGCGCAUUCUCCAGGUUUCGCGCCUUGGGUGGGGACCCUCGGGAUAAUCUCCAAAGAACACUUUCCUAUCCCCUCCCCGGGUGAACGACAUUGCCGCGUGGGUCAGGUACACGUCGCGUCGGUGACCCCGGCCAGGCUUUGUGGAGGGAUGGGGUUAGUGCUGCCCUCGCUGCGAAAAAAUGGAUUUUGUUUUGCCAGUUAUUAUGGUUACUGAUGUCGUCGCCAUCAUCCUCAUCGUCAUCAUCAUCCUUUUUAAUUAAAGUAAUCGUUCAGAAGCGAAGCGGCUUGUCCCUUUUAGCUUCUUUGGAGCGAUAACAAAGCAGCGCCGUUUCCCGCCCCCCCCCCCCCCGCUCUAUUUUUUAAGUUGCUGAGCUUGGGGUUGUGAGAGAAAAUGGAGAGAGGGACGGACACACAGACUCUGUCAUAAAGCAAAAAUUAACCCAACCUAAGAUACGGGAAUGAGUGAAUUCUCCCUUCUUCCCACCCCUCCCCCCAUUUCGAUUAGAAGAGGAGAAAGAAAAUCUCCCGCAUUGGACUGAAACUGCAGGGAAGAAUUAUUCCUGUAUUUCUACCAAAGCUGGGGUAAAAAAAGAGUCCUUUGGAAUUAAUCCAAGGCUUCGAUGUGUAAUCAUAAACUGGACAAUUUAGGCAAAACAAAUUAAAACCCUUCGGAGGAAAAAAAAAAGCAGGCUAAAUCUCACUACACUACACCCUGGGAAGCAGUAUUGGGUUUGUGUUUAUCCUUCCUCCCUUUGCCUUGUUUAUUGCUGCAAGGAAUUACUAGAAUUCUCCUUUACUCUGCUAGUCUGAACACUGAAAAAUUGAAAAUCAUUGUGUGGGGAUGGUUGAAAGGAAGAUGGGGGCUACCUGUGUCUCUCUCUUUCUUUCUUUCUUUCUUUCUUUCUUUCUUUCUUUCUUUCUUUCUUUCUCAAUAGGAAGAAAAGAGGGGACCUAGAUAGAUCAAGAUAUCUCUCCCUCCCCUCCCCCAUCCUCUUGGAUCAGUGCUGUUCUGACUCCAUUUCUCUGAGAAAGUAGCUUUUGGAAUUGGGUUCUGGUUUCGCUUUGGGCUAGAGGUGGAUAUGGAGAGAAUGGGGGCCUUGGAGGUUCUGCCCCACAGAUCAGGGUCUGAAGACUGGAAUCCCCUUUUCCAACACACAUUUCCCACCCACCCGUGCUAGGCGUUGUGGCUGCUGCUUGGGCCUGACCCGGGUUCCCAAGCCAGCCAACCGCAUAGACACGUCAGUGCUUAGAAAACAAACUCGGCUGGCCGCACUGAACCAGACAUCCCGGUUGGAGGGCCCGAAAAUGUUCUGGCAGUCUGUGGAGAGUUCGUUUUUUUGUUGUUGUUGGAGUAAAUAGUUAUUCCUGAUUGGUCAGGUGUAGGGUUCUUUUUAAAGGGGGGUUGGGGGGAGGCUUCAAGCACCUGCAAGUUGGGGGCAGAAAGCUGUUUGCAAUUCCCUAGGCUGGUCGGCGGCGAGGACAUGAGGUAAUUCCCAGCCAUUGACCCCCAUUUCUCUCUCUCCCUCCCUCUCGCCCUCCCUCUUUCUCUCCACCCCCAUCUUUCCUGGAAACUCGCUUUGGGCGCGGCAGACUGCCCAGGACCACACCGUGGCCUAACUGCUGGUCUCUCAGCGAGAGAGGGGGAAAGCAAAGACCCCAGUCCACAACUUGGACCUUGGCUCCCGCCCCUCUCCGGCGGAGUGGAGAUCCUAUUCAGAGGGGCCUGUCUCUCUAAAUAUGCCCCAGGAUGACGGAGCGGCCGCCGAGCGAGGCGGCCCGCAGUGACCCCCCGCUAGAGGGACGGGACGCGGCCGAGGCCCGCAUGGCCCCUCCGCACCUGGUCCUGCUGAACGGCGUCGCCAAGGAGACGAGCCGCGCGGCCCCCGCGGAGCCCCCGGUCAUCGAGCUGGGCGCGCGCGGCGGUCCGGGGGGCGGCCCCGCCGGUGGGGGCGGCGCCGCGCGGGACUUAAAGGGCCGCGACGCGGCGGCGGCGGCGGCCGAAGCGCGCCAUCGGGUGCCCACCACCGAGCUGUGCAGACCUCCGGGGCCCGCGCCCGCCUCGGCCCCCGCGGAGCUGCCCGGCGACGGCCGCAUGGUGCAGCUGAGCCCACCCGCGCUGGCGGCCCCCGCCGCCCCCGGCCGCGCGCUGCUCUACAGCCUCAGCCAGCCGCUGGCCUCGCUCGGCAGUGGGUUCUUUGGGGAGCCAGAUGCCUUCCCCAUGUUCGCCACCAACAACCGAGUGAAGAGGAGGCCCUCCCCUUAUGAGAUGGAGAUUACUGAUGGUCCUCACACCAAAGUCGUGCGACGCAUCUUCACCAACAGCCGAGAAAGAUGGCGGCAGCAGAAUGUGAACGGGGCCUUUGCUGAGCUCCGCAAGCUGAUCCCCACACAUCCCCCAGACAAGAAGCUCAGCAAGAAUGAGAUCCUCCGCUUGGCCAUGAAGUACAUCAACUUCCUGGCCAAGCUGCUCAAUGACCAGGAGGAGGAGGCUGUGGCAGCUCUCUGGAUGGGGCCGCCAGCCCGGACAGCUACACAGAAGAGCCGGCACCCAAGCACACGGCCCGCAGCCUCCAUCCUGCCAUGCUGCCAGCCGCUGAUGGAGCAGGUCCUCGGUGAUGGGGCCAGGGCCACUCAGGACCGGCCAGGAGGGCAGCCUCAGGCUGCUGGGACCGUGGGCUUCAGGGCAGGUGGGGUGAGGAUUGGGCAGCUCUGAAGCAGGGCAGUGGACUUGACGAGCCUUCCUUGAUGUCUGAACUUUGGGAAGUCCUAACUGCCCCGGCUGGCUUUCCUGUUUCCUGACUCAGUGGUAGAACAGAAAAAUGGAGCAAAGUGGUAGGUACUUUUUAUGAAGACGGCACGGUCUUCCCCUCCCCCAAAUCCCUAAGACUUUAAAGUAAAGAGCUCAACUGGCACUGCUUUUGGCCUGGAGCUUGGGACCCCCGUCUUUGCUGAGACUUGGGGUUGUCAGCUCUCCCCUGGGGCAUCCAGCAGCCUCUGCCUUGCCUUCAGCACCACCCCCCCCAAGCUGGCUGGAGUGGCUUGUGUGGCCACUCUGUCCAAAUAUGUAGGUACCUGGUAGCUGCCCAUUUCUGGGUGAGCCCCAUCUUCACCCAGGCCCAUGUUGGUCCACCCAGCUUGCCAGCUGCCGCAGAGAGUCACAAGCCUCGAGGUGCCUUCUUCAGGGCCUGGUUGAAGAAGAUGGCCAGUGGACAGCCUGCUCUUGAUUAGCUGGGCCAGAGGGUCAGAAAACCCAGUAGCCCUUACUCUUGCCCCGGGAUCAAAGCUCUGCUUUCUCCCCACUGAGACUUGCCUUCCUAAUCCUUGUGGCUGUGGGAACCGAGUCUGUAGUUGGGAGCAUGCCCUGUUGGGCCUCAUGUGAAGGCAGAGAGAGGGAAAGUGAUUAGAAUGAGUUGAGCAAGAGCUGUUUAGGGCUGUGGGUUCACAUCCCGAUGGUGUCUCAGAGCUUCCUGCCUGUAUUCUGAGCUCCCCAUCACUGUUUGUACGGUGAACGAAUGCCAGUGUGCCGAUGGGCAUGUGCUUGUGCUGACAAUGGAUGCACAGCCCCAUCUGUGUGUCCUCGCAGAUGCUCAGAGGGACCUUCUCACCCCCAGGAAGUCUGCUUGCUGAUGGUCUGGUCUGUGUUCUGAACUCAGUUGAGCGCAAACCCUGUCCUAUGAAUUUCUGGCAUUUGGGAUUUUUGCUUGACUUCAGUUACUGGUGGGAUCUUUAGGUCUUGAUAGGACCCAGGCGCCAGCCCCCUUCUGGGGCAUGGGAAAUCCAGAGACCAGAGACCAGGCCCUGGCUGAGACCCAGACAUAUGCACAAUCACUUAGCAGAAUCUUCAACACCCCUCGGUUAUACAGCUUUCAGUCACCUAGGGUGUGUAUGGGAGGCUGGCUUACUGCAAUAAGAGUGUCCCCCUCCAAAAGUUGUACAUGAAAGUUUUGUAAAUCAAACCCUUAUCCUUCAUCUUUUAAAGAAUUACUACUGCAA